CACUGUUCACACAAAGAGUUCAUUGCCAAAUUUUAAACAAAAUGAGUUUUCCGUUGUUCGACAACAUGAGGAAUUUAUCUGGCUUCAUGAUUCCUUUGUUGAAAAUGAAGACUAUGCAGGUUACAUUCUGUUAACCACACUCAAAUGCCAUUGAAAUCAUCCUGACCUGAUUCCAUCUUCAUCCUCAUGACCACUCCUCAGUCAUUUGCUUCCCUUUCUACAAUUGGCAGUGCAUUCUUUUGGAGGUUGUUGUUGUUGUUUACAAUUACCAGUUUAUAGAAAGUAUACAACAACUCAGGAACAACCAAAUGGAAGACAUCUAGAGGACAAGAUCCCACCAGCACCACCAAGACCUGAUUUUGAUGCUUCAAGGGAAAAACUACAGAAGCUUGGCGAAGGAGAAGGGUCCAUGACAAAGGAGGAAUUCACAAAGAUGAAACAGGAACUGGAAGCUGAAUACUUGGCAAUAUUCAAGAAGACUGUUGCAAUGCAUGAAGUAUUCCUGUGUCGUGUGGCAGCACAUCCUAUUUUGAGAAAAGAUUUAAAUUUCCAUGUCUUCUUGGAAUAUAAUCAAGAUUUGAGUGUGCGAGGAAAAAAUAAAAAAGAGAAACUUGAAGAUUUCUUUAAAAACAUGGUUAAAUCAGCAGAUGGAGUAAUUGUUUCAGGAGUAAAGGAUGUAGAUGAUUUCUUUGAGCAUGAACGAACAUUCCUUUUAGAAUAUCAUAACCGAGUUAAAGAUGCAUCUGCUAAAUCUGAUAGGAUGACAAGAUCCCACAAAAGUGCUGCAGACGAUUACAAUAGAAUUGGUUCUUCAUUAUAUGCUUUAGGAACUCAGGAUUCUACAGAUAUAUGCAAAUUUUUUCUCAAAGUUUCAGAACUGUUUGAUAAAACGAGAAAAAUAGAAGCACGAGUGUCUGCUGACGAGGACCUCAAACUUUCUGACCUUUUAAAAUAUUACUUAAGAGAAUCUCAAGCUGCUAAGGAUCUCCUCUAUCGAAGAUCUAGGUCACUAGUGGAUUAUGAAAAUGCUAAUAAAGCACUGGAUAAAGCAAGAGCCAAAAAUAAAGAUGUUUUACAGGCAGAAACGUCCCAACAAUUAUGUUGUCAGAAAUUUGAAAAAAUAUCAGAGUCUGCAAAACAAGAACUUAUAGAUUUUAAGACAAGAAGAGUUGCAGCAUUCAGAAAAAACUUAGUGGAACUGGCAGAGUUGGAACUAAAGCAUGCAAAGGGCAACCUCCAGUUGCUGCAGAACUGCCUGGCAGUGUUAAAUGGAGACACAUAAGCCACACCCCACCGUCGGGGUCAAAAAGGGCUGCCUUCCUUCAGAUUUUACGUUUGUUUUCUUCAUGAUGUUCGGCAUUCACUGCUCACUGGAAACAAAAGAAACAGCUGACAACGUGCACCUACUCACCUCUUUUCUGAGAAACCAUGGAGCGGUGCGGCCCACGGGCACUGCCAGCCCGGUCCGUGGUGGGCGCUGCCCUCCCGCCUCCCGCACCUACAGCUCCCGGGGCAGGGGUUGCUCCUCCUGCGCUCCUCCUCUUCAAAAGCCCAAAGUUCAGUCCUUUUCUACAGUAGCUUCUAUAGCUCUGUUUAUUUUAUGAAUAGUAUUCCUUAUGGCUGCCAACCUUACUUACCUUUAAGUCACUUCUGAAGUUUAACCCUUUCAAAAUAUAUUCUUCAAACAAGAUAAAGAUUGCCACUACCUUUUUUGAAUUUUGUUUUUAAGGAAACAUGGAAUACCACCUUAGUUCAUUCAUGUAUCCUGGUAAAGCAUCUUAAUCAGACUUAUUUUUAAUUGAUGAAUAUUUCUUAGAAGUUUUGGGACAGACUUUAUGUAAUCUUUCUAAGUAUGAUUUCUGAAGAAAAGCAAAUGCAUUAGUAUGUUUGCCUUAAACUUGUAGACUAAACCAACUAUUGUAAAAUAAACGGUGAUAACAGUGA